AUGUCUGAUAUUUUCGAAGAUUUUGAGAAACGAGCACGCUUUGAGGACGAAGAUGAAGCUGACUUAAUUCGCCAGAAACUCGAGAUACUCGUUGGCAAUAUUCUGAAGCAAGUAGAGAAGCAAGACCAGCGAUUUCGAAGCACUUUGAUCAAAAGCGGAAGUGUGUACGAAGGCGUGAAAGUCAAAAAGCCUGAUGAAUUCGACUUCAUGGUCAAACUUGACUCGCUCACAAACACGCCGCUCUUUUAUCAAUGCGAAAAAGGUGACGGUUACGUUAAGCUUUCCCUAGAUGAUGACACAUGGAAAGAAUUCAAAGAUGAACAUGGCUUCUUCAGCCCAAAUCUUCUUUGUCGCCACUUUAAGAAGCUUGUCAAUGGAUCACUUAGUUAUGUCGAGGUAUCCGAGGGGCUCUCAAUUCAGAGAGCUGAUCAGGAGCUGCUUGAUGGCCCAUGGGGGCCUGUCUUUUCAGAUCUGUUGGGUAAUAGCGGCGGUAAGGACGACCCAUCUGGUGUCUUAUACUCAGAAACGCAUGGUCCAGCCACUACUCUUUAUAUCAAAUGGCAAGGUGGUAGUAGUUACAGAAAUCUGCUUAUCAGCGUUGACUUGACACUAACUCUGGAGUACUUUAUAACCAAGCUUACUGCUGAGUUGUCAAAAUCCCUUCCACAAUCAGUAGAUGAUUGUCUCCGUAGAAACGGAUUUCAUGUCGUCCCUGCUGGUUUUGAUGUCUGGCGCAUUUCGUUUUCCAUGGCUGAAAAAGACGUCCUGUCUAACGCUCCUGAGGGGUUUAAAGCUUGCUUCCGGGUUUUGAAAAUCAUGAGGGAUACUGUUAUGGAGCGACUAGGUUUGGACGCAGCCCUGAUGCCAUCGUACAUUUUCAAGACUGCCUUGUUGUCUCAAUUGUUCAUAAUUGAAAAGCCUCGCUGGGAACAGCUGCUCAGGUCGCAAACAUUGGAGGAGAUUCUAGAGGCUAUACUGCAAGGUAUCGUACGUGAAGAGAUAAGCAGCUUCUUUUUGUUAAGGUAUAACCUACUGACAAAGGGCGAUCACGAAAACAAGCUCCGCCGAUGCAUUCUAGAAGAGAUGCUGAAUUGCUUGAGAGGCUUAAAGAUGAAGUAUACACCAGAAGACGUCAAAGAAAGAAAACGGCAAAUUAGGGUGUUAGAAAUGAUUGAUUUGAUGGAGUACAUUGUUUCGAGCACUCUUAGAGGAAAAGAUCCGACCGAGUUAUGGAACAAGAUGUUUGUUAAUAUUGGUAGUGUUCCUGGCUCGCGCAAGUUUGGCUGGUUUUGGAAUCAGUUCACAGAUCUCAACAGCACUGAACUUGAUGAAGAUGCCUACAGCAGGCUCAUUCGAAUAUGGAGUCUGGUGGAGGAUUUCUUCAAACAGUUGCUCGCUUCUGUUACUGGUGAACUGAACGUGUUGGUCCACAAGUUCUACAUGAGAACCCGCGAGAAAAAGGAGAAAUUUGAGCUCAUGCACAAGUGCAUGCCCGAGCCUGUCGCACAGAUUUCUCUUCAAGAAUUGGCAUGUGAAUUAUUCCAAGAUCUUGCUGAAUGUUACAUUGAUGAAGUGAAUUCCGAUUGGUCGAGUCUGCACAAAGCAGUUCCUCCCGAGUACAAAUCAUCUGGUGUCUUCCAGGAUGUACGCGAUGUAACAGUGAAUGUUGGCAGUGAUGAAGGUCUUGCUGUCUUCAAACAGCGCAUCAAGCAAAAUCUGACCUUGAUUCCGGAUUCAUAUUUAAUGAGCCUUACUGUCGGUUAUGUUGGCAAAAUAUUUUACCAUGCUCGAGAUGUGCUAAAACGUAAACUUGGUUACAUCACAAUAUCAGAGUUAGAGUUAGACUAA